AUGGCUUCUAUCAGGCAAAUUCUGACGUCAUCAUCACCAGGUUACAGAAAUCGUUCAGCUGUAACACCCUUUCGGUGUCUAGCUGCCAUGCCACCAGAAGGAAACAUGUGGGCAAUAAUACUGCCAGGUUGCCCAAGUCUAGACAGGGGACGUCGAGAGGCAGAGGUCGGAUUCGAACCACAGACCCUCCAGUCAGCGCAGUCCCCGAGUCUCCGUCAACCUUAUGUUCUAGUUGAAUCCAAGUUGCGCGAAAUUAGCGAACUGCACUCAUUUGCAAACAAAUUUGGGUUCCAGGUGGCUACGGUAACAAGCGCAGCAUCUAAGACUACCUGCGAUCGACGCUCUAGGCUGCUUUGCCGUACAAACGAAGCACGAGGUCUUAAACACUGUCAAGUUGUCCAAGCCAGUACAGGGGCAGUAGAAGUGCUGAGGUUGGCUUCGAACCACGGACCUUCUUGUCAUUCCAUUUCCUUUCAAAGGAAUCUACCACCAGCUUCUGUGUGCACCCGUUUGUAUACUCACACAAGACGUCAUGCGUUGGUCGUACCGCAAGACUUUUGUCGGAUAGAAUAUAACAACGCUGGCUGGAAGGAACUGGGCUUAGGUGAAACUGCAUCAUAUUUGGCCGAAACCAGUGUGUUGACACCAGCAUACCGAUUUAAUAAACCAGGUACCCCUGAAACGGUCACUAUUGGUACGAUCCAGGCUACUAUCGAUCGCAGAGGCGAGUGGAAUUCGACUGCAUGA